AGAUAUCUUUUCGAGCGACAACAACAAAAACAGCAGAAAAAUGCCGCUCCUGGCCUAGAGCUACAUCUUCCUGGUCUUCUUCAAGAUGGUCUUCCUGGUGAUCUUUUUCGGGGCCAUGCACGGCCUUUUCCUGCUGCCCGUCUUGCUCUCGCUCUUUGGACCUGGUUCUUGCCUCACCUGGACGGGCAAGGAUGACGGCAGCGACGUAGAGGUGGACGACAGUUUGGAUGAGCGACAGUUGGAGAAGCCUUUCUCGCAGUCCUACUACAUGCAGUACCCGACCAUGGACCCUACAGCUCAAAGGGUUUUCUGGGAGCCCCUUAUAAGGCAUACGGCAUGGACGAGAAGGACCUGGGCCUGGGCACCUCUGGCGAGGAUUCCUCGGAGAGCAGCUCGAGUCGAUUGCAGCGCCGUCACCAGCAGGCCGCCGCCGCUGAGGACGAGGCAGUUAUCCGGGAGUCGCCCCUUUCCACUGAUUAUUUGGCAAAAGCCCAGCCGAGGCUCUUCCGCUCACGUCUCUGUAUUUAUAUUUUAA